AUGGCUUUCUGGCGUCAAGUCGGCCAGCAAUUGUGCCGUGUACCAAAAACUGCCACCUCCGACAUCUGUCUGACUCAAUCGCGGAGAUACCUGAGUUCCUCCAGGACUAUCGGAACCACAACAUACCCUCGGUCAACUUUGCCCACGCCACAGAGCCUACAGUCGUCAUGGAAAGGUUAUAGUGCAGCCCGCCGCUCGUUCUCUGUGACUGCACAAGCUGCACACGGCCAUAUCACGGCGCCCAAGCCCGGUGAAGAGAUCAACAUCACAUUCAUUGAUAAGGACGGCAACAAGAUCGACUUACAGGUUGCUGAGGGCGACAACUUACUAGACAUCGCCCAAGCGAACGAUCUUGAGAUGGAGGGUGCAUGUGGUGGAUCUUGUGCUUGCUCGACUUGCCAUGUCAUUGUGGAGGACCCGGACAUGUUCGACCAAAUGGAAGAGCCAUCAGAUGACGAGAACGACAUGCUGGAUCUGGCAUUCGGCUUGACGGAGACAUCCCGACUGGGCUGCCAGGUGAUCAUGUCCAAGGACCUGGACGGUAUGGUCGUGCGCCUGCCGACCAUGACACGGAACCUACAAGCAAGCGACUUUGAGUCGAAAUAA